AUGGAUUUCGAAAAAGAGAUCGCACAUUAUUUGCAAACGGUUAACCAUUCAAAAUGGAACGUCGAGGACAUUCUGAGAUAUCUGUCAGAGAAUAUCGAAUUCUCCAGCGAAAGCGCAACGGAAAUAGAAGAUCAUAUAACGCAAAAGUUACGAAUGAUUGCUGACGACCCAAACGCUCUUCAAGCCGCCCGCAGGAAAGCGUUUAAACUUUUUACAUCUGUCAAGACAAUAUUUGAAAGGCGACCUGAGGUCAAGCAGAUCUUUGAAUCGCAAGACCUUAAAUAUUCUGAGAACAGGUACAGGACAAACGUGGAAAUCAGUGUUUCAAAUGAUAAGACAGUUGUGGUUAAGAAUUCCAGUCGUAAAUUUGCUGCUAAUUAUUCACAGAAUGUGGAAACUACAGUUCAAGAAGACCACUGGCCACCUUGCCAUGAAAGUGCACAGAAAUCACGAGAGACAACACCACCCCCAAUUCCGUUGGCCACAGAAGUGCUACUAACAACUCCUCACAAAAGGCCACUUGAGAAUGAGAACGUCCAACGAUUCACAGACAAGCUGCCUUUAGUUUGUGCUUUUGGCAUGACCAUCCAGCAGCUCGAGGAGACAGUGGGAAGGCAACUGGCUCACGAAGUCGGGUCUCUACGGUCUAAAAGUACAUAUCCAUGGACAUCUGCUCUGGACGAAAAGCUUAAAAAUAUAUUGGAGAAAACUAGCAGCGAAUUCAAAACAGCCGUCUUGAGCUUGUGUGCUAAUAUCAAUACGGAUGACACAUUCCAUCUUUAUUGUGAAAAGGUGCUUCUUGAUUUUUUCUAUCUUGUGGACAUCAGUCCAUCGAGGCCGAGGAAUAUCGGUGAACGCACGUUCAUUACAUAUCAUAUCGCUCCCUUGUUUAAAUAUUACGAGACAACUUUUGCAACAAUGUCUUUCGAGUGGAUAGAGUCACAUGCCCGUGCACCAAAAAUUAUGAAGACCUCAUCAAAUUCUGGCAUCGUAAAGUUAGACGCAAAGGGUACCCGCUUCUCAGAUAAUCGUGAUGUGUGGCAUAUGGAAGUAGCGGGUCCACCGUGGAAUUCCACAUCUCGUCACGCUUGUGGGGACUCUAAAAAGACAAUCAGGACUGACAUAUUCAACCUUGUAAUGCUGCUUCGUGACCAUCUGGACUGCAAAGUUGAGUUGGGAACACGUUUGAAAGUUUUCACGACUCAAGUAAUUGAGACGCGUAUGACCUUGUAUGCUAUGAAUAUGCUCGAAGAUGGCCGCUUCUUUGCAACUGAACUCGCCACGGCUGCUGAGAUGACUAAUCAAGAAGCAUUAUUGAAAGAAAUGGAUCGUGAGGUGCUACGGACAGAAGGAAAAACUGUUCGCGAUGUGCUGAGGUUACCCGCAGAUAUGGAACUUGAAUGA